AUGCCUUCAGCGGAGGGUCCUGCCCCUGCCGCGCACCCAGAGGCCCCUGCUGCUGCCCUCCUGCGGCGCAUGCUGCCGGCGCAUGCCCACCUGUUCGACCUCCGCCUGGUACCUCUGUCGCCUGAUGCGCCCCAUGGUCACUUCCGCGUCGCCACACGCGCGCGCCGCGUGGCUGUCGAGGGCACGUCGCCCGUCGAGCUCGCUUCGGGCGCCCACUGGUGGCUCAAGCACCAUGCCGGCUGCAGCGUCUCGUGGGACGCGACGGGCGGGCCGCAGAUCGACGCAGCCGCGUUCGGCGCUGCUCGCAUGGACGAGCUUGGGGGCGUGGGCAGCGACGAGACCGUGCGGCGCGCGGUGCCCAGCACCUUCUACCAGAAUGUCGUCACUGCCAGCUACUCAUUUGCGUUUUGGGACUGGGACAGGUGGGAGCGCGAGCUCGACUGGAUGGCCCUGCAGGGCGUCAACCUGUCCCUCAUGCCCCUGGGCGCGGAGGCGGCCUGGCAGGCCGCGCUGCAGGAGGAGUUUGGGCUGGCGCCCGACGGGCUGGCCGACUUCUUCCCCGGGCCGGCCUUCCUGGCGUGGGGGCGCAUGGGCAACAUCCAGGGAUGGGGCGGCCCCCUGCCGCCUGAGUACGCAGCCAAGCAGGCCGCCCUGGGGCGCCGCGUCGUGGCGCGCAUGAGGGAGCUCGGCAUCUCGCCCGUCUUCCCGGCGUUUGCUGGCUUUGUGCCCCGCGCGCUGGCCGCGGCGUUCCCUGACGCCCGCGUAGUGCGCAGCAGCAACUGGUGCCACUUCCCGGAGGUGCGGCGGCAGCAGGCCUACUGCUGCCCACUGCUGCUCGACCCCCAGGACCCGCUCUUUGCCCGCGUGGGCGCCGCCGUUGUGCGGCAACUGCGGGCGGCUUUUGGGCCGGAGCCCCCUGGGAGGCGGUCGUACUACAUCGCAGACAGCUUCAACGAGAUGCGCCCCUCCAGCGCCGACCCCUCCUACCUCUCCGCCAUCUCGGCCGCCAUCUACAAGGCCAUGACUUCCGCAGACCCGGGCUGCGUGUGGGUCAUGCAGGCAUGGCUCUUCUUCAGCGACUCGGGGUUCUGGCAGCCGCCGCAGAUCAAGGCCCUGCUGGCUGGUGUCCCUCGCGGCAGCCUGGUGGUGCUGGACCUCUUUGCGGAGGAGCACCCAGUGUGGACCCGCACAGAGGGGUUCUACGGCUACCCCUACAUCUGGUGCAUGCUGCACAACUUUGGGGGCAACAAUGAAAUCUAUGGCGCACUGCCAGCGGUUGCAGAGGGCGUCUCCGCCGCGAUGGCGGCCUCCGCCGCGGCCGCCGCCCGCACAGGCGACCACCACCGCGGCUUUGGGGGCGGCAACCUCGUCGGCGUCGGCAUGGCGCCCGAGGGCAUCGAACAGAACCCCGUGGUCUACGAAUUCAUGGCGGAGAUGGCCUACGAAGGCCGCGCCGCCCGCCUGGCCUCAUCCGGGGCCGCCAGCGCGGCCCCUGGCUCGGCGGCCGGCGCGGAUCGCGAGGCGGCGGCAGCCGCAGGGGCGGGUUGGGCGCUGGAUGGGGGCCGCCGCGCGUACGACGUCUGGAUGGAGUCGUACGCGCUGCGGCGCUACGCGGCCGCGGGGCGCGCCGGACCGUCGGCCGCGGCCGCGCUGCGGCGUGCGUGGCGGCGGCUGGGGCGUGGCGCGUACGCGUGCAGGGACACCGUCCACAACACGGUGUGUGACGUCCCGACGAGCCGCCCCGGCCUCUGCCGCGCAGAGAUCCUCGGCUGGGGCCUCGCCCCCCACUCCUGGUACCCGCUGUCGGAGCUGCGCGCCGCCCUCGGGGACCUGCUGGCGGCAGCUUCCGCGCACCCGGACCUGGCGGGAAGCUGCGCGUUCAGGUACGACGUCGUCGACGCGGCGCGGGAGCUCAUGUCAAAGGCGUCGGGCUGGCUGUGGGCCGCGGCGGCGGGCGCGUACGCGCGGCGGGACGCGGGGCUGCUGGCGGGCGCGGGCGCGGCGCUGGGGGCGCUGCUGGACGACAUGGAGCGCCUGCUGGCCUCCCACGAGGGCUUCAUGCUGGGGCCGGCGCUCGCGCGGGCGCGCGCCUUCGCGGGGCCGGGUGACGGGGACGGCGGCUGUACCAAGGCGGCGGAGCGGCGGCGGCAGCUGGAGCGGCUGUACGAGUGGAACCUGAGGACUCAGCCUGGGGCUAAGGAGGGUGGUGCUGCCUGCAUAAAGGGACGCGCGCAGUGA